AUAAACAUGUUGGAGAAAAAAAACUUGGAACAUAUCUUUGCCAUAUUGUUAUUGCAACUAAAAUCGAUAUAUCUGGUUGUAAAAUAACAAAUCAAAGUGGAUGUAAAACAACAAUUCAAUUAUUAAAAUCAUUUGGUGCUA